AUGGAUAACCCUGAAGAUAACCCCGAGGAUAACCUUGAAGAUAACCACGAGGAUAACCCUGAAGAUAACAUCAUGGAUAACCCUGAAGAUAACCCUGAGGAUAACCUUGAAGAUAACCCCGAGGAUAACCUUGAAGAUAACCCCGAGGAUAACCUUGAAGAUAACCCCGAGGAUAACCUUGAAGAUAACCCCGAGGAUAACCCUGAAGGAAACAACGAGAAUAACCCCAAAAAUAACCCCGAGAAUAACCAUGAGAAUAACCCCAAGGAUAACCCUGAAGAUAACAUCAUGGAUAACCCUGAAGAUAACCCCGAGGAUAACCUUGAAGAUAACCACGAGGAUAACCCUGAAGAUAACAUCAUGGAUAACCCUGAAGAUAACCCCGAGGAUAACCCUGAAGAUAACCCAGAGGAUAACCCCGAGGAUAACCCCGAGGAUAACCCUGAAGAUAACAUCAUGGAUAACCCCGAGGAUAACCCUGAAGAUAACAUCAUGGAUAACCCCGAGGAUAACCCUGAAGAUAACCCCGGGGAUAGCCCUGAAGAUAACCCCGAGGAUAACCCCAAGAAUAACAACAAAAAUAACCCAAAGAAUAAACCUGAGAAUAACCCUGCAACACACUUUCCCUUCUGA